GGAGGGAGAAUGGAAACUUCCCCUUAGCGCUCAAAGCAACCAGAUUCUAAUGACAGACUCCUGUCACCCUUGGGACCUCCUCAAACUGCAAGCGACUGACCUACCCAGAGACAGCAGUAACAGAGCAGAGGUGAAGAUGAAACCUUUGGAGUGGGCAUUGGUGACAUUGCUCCUGCUGGCCCUGGCUGUUGUCACACUGGCUGAGGUCUCCUGCACUGGGCAUGCUUUCAUCCCAGGGAUUCCUGGAACACCGGGGGUAGCUGGCACCAAUGGCAAAGAUGGCAGCCCUGGUAUAAAGGGAGACAAAGGGCUGCCCGGAGUGUUGGGAGAUUCAGGAGAAAUUGGAGAAAAGGGAGAUUCUGGGAGCCCUGGAAACCCAGGGAAAGUUGGUCCAAAGGGUCCCACUGGCCCCAAAGGCAUCCCUGGGCCUGUGGGUCCCCCUGGACCUCCAGGUGAAUCCGGAGACUAUGGCAACUUGGCAAAGUCAGCCUUCUCUGCCUCAAGGACCAUCCAUAGCCAGCUGCGGAAGGACCAGCCCAUCCGCUUUGACCGGAUAAUCACCAAGGAAGGCAGUGAUUAUGAGCCCAGGAGUGGCAAGUUUAGUUGCCGGACCCCAGGACUGUACUACUUCACCUACCAUGCCAGCUCCCGGGGCAACUUGUGUGUCCUCCUAAUCAAGGCAAGCCGAGGCUCGGCUAAGGAGGCAGUGGUGACCUUCUGUGACUUUGUCUACAACACCUUCCAGGUCACCGCAGGUGGGGUGGUACUCAAGCUGGAGGUGGGUGAUUCAGUGUGGCUGGAGGUCAAUGACAAAAAUUCCCUGGUGGGGUUGGAUGGAGCCAAUAGCAUUUUCUCUGGGUUUCUGCUCUUCCCUGUUAUUUGACCUGGUAACCCUAAUCCUGUCUUCUACUUUCCCCCUCACUGUGUUUCCACCGUCUCACCCCCAAAUAAUUUGACUUCAUGUAAAAAUAAAGAAUUUUAGAGCUACAAA